UUAAGGCAGAACAAGUAAGUCAAGAGACUAAAUAUGAGAGAAUUCUGCUUGUGGAUGUUAAUUUUGUUCUUAGCAAAUGAGUGGUGUAGCUGUUAUGGUUGUUGGAAAGAAGAAAGAAUUGCUCUUUUGAAACUCAAAGAAAACAUAAACUACACAAAUGGUGCAUAUUUUUCAACAUGGGUAGCUAAUGAAACUUCAAAUUGUUGUCAAUGGGAAGGAAUUAUUUGCAGCAACAGUAGCAGAAAAGUCACAGAGUUGUCAAUAUCAGUGAAGACUUUUAUUAAAAAGGAUAUUUCUGGCAUUGAAAGUUUAAAUACUGAUAAUUGGAGAAAUUGGCAUUUCAAUGCAUCUUUGUUUCUUCCUUUCAAGAAUCUCAAAGCUCUUCUUCUCCGCGGACAUUCUAUAGCUAAUUGGAUUGAGAAUGAAGGUUUCGAAAAACUGAAACAACUAACAAAACUGGAAAAGCUAGAUUUGGCUGGGAACAACUUCAAUCGCAGCAUAUUUCCAUCUCUUAGUCAACUUACAUCUCUCAAGUCACUGAACCUCGGACGUAACAACAUUGAAUCAGGUAAUGAAAGAUUGUCAGGGUUAAGCAAUCUGGAGAGCUUAGAUUUAAGCGUUAACAGAUUGAAUGAUGAAAGUGUUCUCUCUGCUCUAGAGCUAAAUACAUUUAGUACAACUUUGAAGAAGCUCAAUAUAAGGUACAACAGUUUUCAAAGCUUUAUGCCAAAUGAAGAGUUGGGAAUUCUGAGAAAUAUAAAGUAUUUACUUUUGGAUGGGAAUACAUUGGACAAAAACUUUCUACAGAGCAGUGGUGUAAUGCCGUCCCUUAAAGUAUUAUCAGUAUCUAACUGCGGCCUGAAUGGAACCCUACCUAUUCCAGGUUUAUGCAAUCUAAAAUAUCUUGAAGAACUAAGUCUCAGCUUCAACAACUUCCAUGGAAAUCUUCCUCCAUGUCUUGGAAACUUAACAUUACUUCGGGUAAUUGAUCUCACUCAAAAUCAGUUUACGGGAAAUAUUGCCUCAUCUCCACUUUCAAGUCUUUUGUCCCUUGAAUAUCUUUUGCUGAAAAACAACAACUUUGAAAUCCCAAUUUCAUUCGAGUCAUUUGCUAACCAUUCAAACCUUAAGUAUGUCAUUCCUGACGGCAAUUCAUUAGUUGUAAAAACUUCUACUAGAAAUUGGAUCCCAAAGUUUCAAUUGGAAGCCUUGUCUUUGACUAAAAACUGCUCUGUAAUACCAAAUUUCCUUCAUUAUCAACAUCAGUUGCGUCAACUUAGUCUAUCUGACUGCAACAUUGGUGGAAACUUUCCAAAUUGGUUGUUGGAGAAUAAUCCUAGACUUGAAGAAGUUUAUUUGGAUGGAAAUGCGUUCACUGGAUCUCUUCAUGAGUUGUCCUUCCUUCCUAAUAUGAAAUUUUUUGAUAUCUCAAGGAACAAGAUUCAGGGACAACUUCCUCCCAACAUCAGUUCCAUUUUCCCGAAUAUCUUGAGGUUAAAAAUGUCCAACAAUAUGCUUGAAGGCAUGUUGCCUUCAAGUUUUAGCGACAUGAAGAACCUACUUUUCUUGGAUUUAGCAGAUAAUAAGUUAUCAGGAGACUUACCGAUUGAAUUGGCUCGUAAUGGAUUAUUCUUUCUGAGACUGUCGAAUAACAUGUUGGAAGGGGAAAUAUUUCCAGUGUCAACCAACAUCAAUAAUCUUCAGUACUUAUACUUGGAUGGAAACAACUUCUCAGGCUCAAUUCCACAAAAGUUGUCCUCUGCUUCCUUGAGUUCACUGGAUUUAAGUAACAACAGUUUGUCUGGAAAUCUACCUUCUUGGAUUGGUUACAUCCCCUCAUUAACCUCCCUCGCGUUAUCUAGAAACCAUCUAAAGGGUCCUAUUCCAGCAGAUUAUUGUAGACUUGAAAAGCUUGAGGUUUUAGAUCUCUCAAGAAACAACCUUGUUGGUGUGAUUCCAUCAUGUUUCAGUGCUUCCCAAAACCUUAAACGUGUCUAUUUGAGCAAAAACAAUUUACGAGGGCAAUUCGAUGUGUUCUCAAAUAGCUCAGAUUUAACGGUAUUGGAUCUUAAAGAUAACAACUUCACCGGUUCAAUUCCAAAAUGGUUAGGCAGUAUUGAAAUAAACACCUUACUCUUGAAAGGAAACCAUCUUCAAGGCAACAUUCCCACAGAGUUGUGCCAUGCGAGUGAAUUGAGAAUCAUGGAUCUGUCUCAUAAUAAUCUCUCGGGACCUAUUCCUCGUUGCUUUGGAAACAUAAUGCAAAUAGCAGGGAUCAGUGAAGCAUAUCCCUACGGUCCAAUAUUUAGUUAUCCAAGACUCCAGACGUGGGGUAGAGAUACCAUGGUAUAUGUAGAAGAUUCAAUGGAGAGAUCGACAGUUUCCUAUCAAGAUAACUAUGCAUGGGUUGGGGCAGAGUUUACAACCAAAUAUAAUACGUAUUCCUAUGAAGGUAGCAUUGUUGAUUAUAUGUUUGGGAUUGAUCUUUCUUACAACCAAUUAAGUGGUGACAUACCUAAGGAACUCUGUAAUCUUACUGAAAUUCGGGCACUAAACUUGUCACAUAACCACAUAACUGGCGCGAUAUCAUCAGAAUUCUCAAAUCUCCAGAAUAUUGAGAGUUUGGAUCUAUCAUACAACAACUUGACUGGGAGGAUUCCCUCUCAACUUGUAGAGUUGACAAGUCUAGCAAUUUUUAGCGUGGCACAUAAUAAUUUAACAGGUAUGACUCCACAGCGUACAUCUCAAUUUGCAACUUUCACUGAUAGCAGUUACCAGGGAAAUCCUUUUCUUUGUGGUACUCCAUUACAUAUCAAUUGCAUGGAGACCAAAGAGAUACCAAUAUCACCUCGUGCGCCAGAUUUCUGUGAAGAUGAUACUGGUUUUCUAGAUAUGGAGUCGUUCUAUAUUUCUUUUCUUGUGGCAUAUGCAAAUUUGGUGCUUGUAAUUGCUGUAGUCCUUUGGCUAAACCCCUAUUGGAGAUAUGUUUGGUUUUAUUACAUUGAGUCUUUUAUGUAUUCAUGUUACUAUCUUUUUGCUUCCAAAUGUACAUGACCUUUCAUAUUAAUAGUCACUUUAAUUGCGUUGCAUAAUUGCAUUUCAUUAUGUAAAUCG